ACGUCCCGCUGGCCGGAAGGGAGCGUCGGUGAAGUCUGACGUCGCACCGUCAAGCGAGGAGCUGCCGCGGUGGUUGUUUUCCCCUCCGCCGUAGCCGCGCAACGGUUCCCGGGCCUGGGCGAGAUGGAGAGCGCCAGCCAGGAUAUCAACCUUAACUCUCCCAACAAAGGUCUGCUGUCUGAGUCAAUGACCGACGUGCCCGUGGACAACCCCAGUGCCGCUGCCAUGGCCCCUCCUUCCCGGGCCUUGGCCCACAACGGGCUCACCGAAGCUGAGGAAGAAGAGCUAAGGUCUGAGCUGGCCAAGGUGGAAGAGGAGAUUGGCACAUUGCGCCAGGUACUGGCUGCCAAAGAGAGACACUGCGGAGAGCUGAAAAGAAAGCUGGGCCUGACCCCCUUGGAUGGCUUGAAGCAAAAUCUCUCCAAAAGUUGGCAUGACGUCCAGGUUUCUAAUGCCUAUGUGAAAACCUCUGAGAAACUCGGGGAGUGGAACGAAAAGGUGACCCAGUCGGACUUAUAUGUUUCGGCCAGCAGUACACUGGAGGACUGGAAUGAGAAAUUAACACAAUCAGAAGCCUAUAAGAGGACCCAGGAAACACUGUCUCAGGCGGGCCAGAGGACCUCAGCUGCCCUUUCCAACGUGGGUUCCGCGAUCAGCCGGAAGUUUGGAGAUAUGAGCAGUUACUCCAUUCGUCAUUCGAUAAGUAUGCCGGCUAUGAGAAAUUCUGCAACUUUCAAGUCUUUUGAAGACAGAGUUGGAACCAUAAAGUCCAAAGUCGUGGGUGGCAGAGAUGACGGUGCCGACCAGCUCCAUUCCCCGUCAGCAUCCGGAGAGAAGCCGUCCCAGGACAACGCGCCUUUCUAAGUCUACCAGGUGGUGGUGCGUGACUGCUGGAGCCCCACCCUUUGCUCUUCCCAACAUGCAAGACGAAACGGAAAAAAGAAAAAAAAAGAGAGAGAGAGUGCUGCGGUCCCACUCGGAAGAGAGAGAUCCAUACAUCCUAUGUAGACAUUUUUUGCUGCUGGAUUCUUAAGGUCCAAUAAAGUGAACACACCGUU